ACUUUAUGGCAAUCUUGGCAUGGAACACACAGGAGAGAUCUCAUAGAUGUUCCGCGAUGUGUGUGGGCGGUGGAGUUUUCUCCCUUCCAAGUUCUGAUAUGAAACAAGAAAAUACGUGGGGGGGAAACAGACACAAUGGGGAUUUGCUGUAUGAAAGUCACACCAUGCUUAUUUUUCUUCUUCAACCACAUUUUAUUUAUCCUGGGAGCGCUGGUUGUUGGCUUUGGGAUAUGGAUCUUGAUGGAUGUGGAUCCCUUCUCCGCCUUCCUGCAGGUCUCCUCACCUUCAAUCAAGUGGGCAGCGUAUGUCCUCAUCGCAGUCGGGGGCAUUACGCUGCUGAAGGGGUUCCUGGGCUGUGCAAGCAUAUUAUGUGGGGUCCAGUGUUUUUUGGGCCUAUAUAUCAUCUGCCUGUUGCUCAUCAUUGCAUGCCAGAUUGGCACUGGCAUUUAUGUGUAUUCCCAGGAAGAAAGCUUCAAAGAAAAAUUGGCUGUGGCCUUCGGUGACUUCCUCCAGGCGUAUGCGCCAAAAAAUGGCACGAGAGAACCCAUGGAGAUUGCGCUGGAUUUUGUCCAAACCAACUUCUCUUGCUGCGGCUGGACUGGACCAGAAAACUGGCUAGUCAAUAAAGUUCUUCAGGAGAGAAACUGGACGUACUACCCUUGCUCCUGCGCCAAUGACACCUUGCAUGAUUUUGGCUUUUGCCCCUUGCCGAAUACAUCAGUGCCUCACGAAGCCAAGGUGGAGGACUGGCCCGUUAGAAAGGAAGGUUGUAAAGAUGCUGUCUAUAAAUGGAUGGAGGGUAAUUUUGACAUCAUUUUAGGAGUCUCCAUAGGGUUGCUCAUUACGGAGGUGCUGGGCAUGGUGCUAGCUUUAUGCAUCUGUAAGAAGAAAGGGUGGAUGUGCUAAAGAUGACACCACCCCAAUAACACACUUUUCAAAAUACAGAAACCCGAGGGUUCUAGGUUGCAACAAAACAAACACAAUUAUUGAUUCCUUGGAUUCAGUGUUGUCUUUCAUCCUUCUCAUGAGUCUCCAGUGUUACUGUGGAUUCAUGGGACAGCUAUAUUUUUAAAGAGAGAAAUCGAGUUUAGCAUUCCACAUACUUUCCAGCAUAAGAAGGAACUUGCUUCACUCUUCCUCGGUUUGCAUGGUGCCUUGCAGUUUUAUCACCAGUACUGCUUUAGAUGUCAUUGUCCAUGCCUUGAUCUACUUUGGACCUUUUGUAACAAGACUGGAAUGACUCCAGUUCUCGGUUGUCAUUGAUUUGCACAUAAUAAACCCUGCAUUCUCUUUUA